GCUACCCUGCGGAGGGUGACGUUCUCUGUGGUCCCGGGGCCUCAGGACGGUGGUUGCUAUGACAGCGCUGCAGAGGACUCUGAGACCCCCAGCAGUAAGGGUUCAUCUGGACCCCGUGUGGGGGCGCUGUCUCUCCCUGAGGAGGGGUACGAGAGGACCACACCUGAGGGAAGUGUAGGAGAGGAGGAACAUGUGGAGAACGAUGCCAGACAGCUCCCAGACGUAGCCCUGACAGGGAAGUGCACUAGGGAGUGUGAUGAGUUUGGACACUCCGACACUUGUUGGAUGCCCGCCGCUGUCCGCCCGUCGCCUCGGCAACACCAGCGCCAGCGCCACGUCAGCGAGCCGCCCCGCCUGUCCACCUUCGCCUCCCCUGGCAACGACAACAACAAUAACCAUGACGACGAUGAUGAGGAAGAUAGUGACAGCGAGAGCGCCGGCAGCGCCGGGAGUUCCGAACCGGGCGUAGUCAGCGUGGGAGUCGGCGGAGGAGGUCAGAGGUUACCGUUAGCCAAUGGGGAUCCUCUCGGCAGCCUGGUGGGCAGAGACAGGAUGAAUCGGAACAUGGGCGACCACAACCGGAACCUACUCAACCGCAAGAUGACGUCAGCGUCGUACGACACGUUCAGCUCCGCCGGGUUCGGGAGACGCCAUCACGAGGAGGAUAGGGGGGUCAGGGCAGGGUCAACCCUCCGGAGGUUAUACCAUUAA